UAUCGACAGCAGCAUCAUGGAAGCGAAAGUGUUCAUCUGUAUUCUUGUUUUUCUUCUUGGAGUAAGUCAUUCCGCUCCAGGCACUACAGACAAAUGUGAAAGUAAAAGGCAAGUGUGCCCUCAAGAACCAACUCUGCUAAGAAGAUACUUCUUCGAUGAUACAAACAAGCGUUGUUCCGCUUUCUUCGUUUGUGAGGGAGAGAAAGGUGACGACUUUUUCCCAAGGAUGGUGGAUUGUGUCAAAGACUGCUGGCCAACACAAAAACAACCAAAAUGCCUCGAAAACAAGCUAACAGAAUGCAAAGGAGAUUCGUCGGGUGAGACAGCCUGGACGUACGACCCGCAAACGAACAAAUGCGGCAAUGUUGGAAAUGCUUGCGACGGGACCAAGAACAAGUUUUCCUCAGAAAACGAAUGCCGAGCAGAACGCUUUGGAUUCGAUGAGAACGGCCUGAAAAUGAAGUACAGAUCCAAACCCAGAAAGAAUCAGUGAACGAGGAACCACGAACAGGGUUCAUCCACUAAUCUUCCUCCGAGUGAAAACAUUUCCACGUAUUCUAUUCCAUGUACAUUCCACGUAUUUCCCGUCUGCCCAGAAUAAAGAUGUGCGUAGAACCUCCA